GGGGGGGUGGCGGCGGCGCAGGGCGGCGAGGUGGGUCGGCAGCCCUCCCGGAGGAGCCCGGCCCACCUCUCCCGUGCAGACACCCCCUCCUCCCCGCCCCGAAAGAGGAACUCCCCGCCCGGCCGCGGCGGAGGGAGAAGCGGCGGCGGCGGCGGCAGCGGCAGCGCGCCCGGCCCCUCCGCGCAGCAUGGCGCAGCAGCAGCGCCCGCCGCCCGCCGCCGCCUGAGGCGCCCCGCGGCGCCGAGCCGAGCCCGCGCCCAUGGCGGCGCCGCCGCCCGCCCUCAGCUGGGCGCUGUCCCUGCUGGCGGCGCUGGCGGGCGCCGGCGGCCCCCAGAGCUUCGAGCUGCCGGGGGCCCCCAUCGACAACAUCGAGGUGAGCGGCGGCGGCGUGCUGGUGGCGGGCGGCAGCUGCCUCUACGAGCUGCGGCCCGGGCUGCGGCCCCACCGCCGUGUGGUGCCGGCGGCGGCGGGGCAGGGCUGCGGGGAGCCCCCCGGUAUGCGCAGCAACCUGCUGCUGGCCUACGAGGAGGCCGGAGGAGCGGGCGUCCUGCUGGCCGGCUGGACCCAGAAGGACGGCACCUGCCAGGUGUGGGAGCAGCCGGCCUACCGGCAGCGCUUGAACCGCAGCGAGGUGGUCAGCUGCCUGCCCGACGGCUCCACCGCCGGCGUCGUCUUCCAGCUGGCCGGUGCCUGGUACCUGGCCGUGGCGGCCACCUACUCGUUCGGCACCUACGGGACCCGUCAGGGGUGCGAGCCCUCCCAGUCGGAUGAGGCGACUGUCAUCACGGUGCGCAGCAUGGAAAACCUGCAGUCCAAGGAGGAGCUGGGCAUCAUCAAGCGCAAGGAAGAACCUUUGCACUUUGUUGAUGCACUCCACUGGGGAGAUCACCUCUUCUUUCCCUACUACACAUUGAAGGUCAGGUCGGGCAAUGGCAGGGAGCUACCAAGUGUGGCUGUCCUGCACCAGCUGCGCCCCUCAGAGAGUGGCCUUACUUUGAAAGGGCAUGUGUAUUUGGACUGCGGGUGCAGAAGCCUCAUUGUUUCCUCCAGCCUUGUCCGCCAGGGUGAGCAGGGCUGGUGGGUUGGUGUUUUCCGCCACAGCCCCGUCGCCAAGGCCUGGAACGCCACCGCUGUCUGCAUCUUCAAGAUGGAGGAGAUGAAGGACCGAGCCUGUGCGUUCACACACUUCGUCAUGAACGGGAUGGGCUGUGAGGCACAGUCAAUCAAGAAAUUACCAACCUUGAUUCAUUCUGGAUUAGUGGCUGUUUAUGGCACAGUUGUUUUGAAUCAGAUAGUUCUCUUUUUGGGAACAGAUGACGGACAGUUACUGAAGGCUGUUCUUAAUGAGGCUAUGGAAUCUAAUUGCCCAGAGGUUUUAUACGAAAUUAAGGAAGAAACCUCCAUUUUCCCCAAACUUCGACUUGAUCCAGAGGAUAAUAACUACAUCUACCUGUCCUCUGCCAAUAAGGUGAGAAGAAUACCGGUUGCAAAUUGCGGUAGAUAUGUUUCCGAGCAAGAAUGCUUAUCUGCAAAGGAUCCCUACUGUGGGUGGUGUUCUUUGAAUCAAAGGUGCACAUUAAAAGAAAAUUGUACACGUUCAAACAGCAUAAAGGGUUGGUAUAACAUUUCACAUGCACCUGACAAAGAUCUGAAAAUCCAGCUAAGAUUCCUUGCCAAAAAUCAGGGUGUCGUGGCUGCAAACAUAAGCAAAAUCCUUACUGCCUGUACAAUAAAAAUUGUAAAACCUGGUGAAAUAUUUUAUGAAAACGUAGUGCUGGAAAACUCAUCCUGUUUCUUCAAUCUAACCACUCCAGUGAUAAGUGAUAAUGAUUGUCUAGUUCUCGAAGCAUCACUGUCCUCAAGCUCUUGGAACAUCACAAAGACAUUUCAGGUGAAAAACUGCUCACAAUGUAUACGCGAGGGUGAGUGUGCCAGCUGUAACAGGACGCAUGUCUCUCCUGCCACCACCUGCCAGGAGAGUUGUACUGCAACUGCUUCCAAGGGGAUCGCCACCGCGCAGGAAACAGAGCAUAUCAGCAUUCAUUCCAUUGAACCUUUGUGGAUUUCUACGCUAGGCAAAAGUGAAAUAACAGUCAAAGGAGAAAAUUUUACACGUGCAUCAGGCAUAAAACUCAUACUGACUGGAAUCACUGGCUGUAAACCAGACAUCAUUAAAGUUAGAAAUGUGCUAAAUGAUACACAAAUGACAUUUGCCCUCCCACCAACACGUAAAGAGGCCAAAAGUAUAUGUAUACAGGCUAAUGGGAAAAAAUGUUCACCACCAAUGACGCUACAUUAUGUUUCACUGCCAUCAUGUUUUGGAAUCACACCAAAUACCUCCUGGAUCAGUGGUGGUCGCAAAAUUACUACGAUUGGUAGAAAUUUUAAUGUGGUGGACAGCGUGAUUAUUUCAGAUGACCAGAGAUCAAACCUCACUGUCUCUAGGUGUCCUGGAAAUGAAUCUGAGUAUCAUUACUUAACGCCAAGCCUGAGCCAUGCAACAGAGGGUAAAGUUGUUGAUAUGAUGUUAAAAGUGGAAACUGCCUUUAUACCAUGUGUCAAAUUACACUAUCACCCUGACCCAGUGUUCAUUAACUACCAGCUGCACACUGAGCUGGAUCCUGAUCUGGAAUUAAAAAUAUAUAAAGAAAAUGACAACUUGAAUAUUUCUAAAACUGAGGUAGAGGUUUAUCUGUCAUACAUGAAUGGUACACAGACCAAAAAGAUAUGGUUCAGCAUCCAAAAUAUUACCACAAAACCAGACCGUAGCACCAUACUGUGCAAAUUCAAAAGGGAAGGAACAGACAAGAUCGAUUUUUCCACAGUGAAAGUUUUUGUCAAAUUAGGAAAUUUUGAGCAUGAAGUUAAACCAACAUCAUCAUACAUAUAUUUAUAUGUCCUUAUUUUGCUACCUAUUGUAGUGGGUGUCAUUAUAGUGGCAUUCAUAGUUACUAGAUACAAAUCCAAAGAGUUAACUCGUAAACAGAGUCAGCAGCUUGAACUGCUGGAAUAUGAGAUUCGGAAGGAAAUACGUGAGGGAUUUGCCGAACUGCAGAUGGAUGAAUUAGACGUGGUGGAUAGUUUUGGAACCGUUCCCUUCCUUGACUACAAACACUUUGCUCUUAGGACUUUCUUUCCAGAGUCAGGAGACGUUGCAUCCAUCUUCAGUGAAGACAUGCCACAGAGCAGAGACCAAACGAGCAAGGAUGAAAGCUUCAACAUGUUGCAUGCUUUAAUUUGUAACAAGAACUUUCUUGUUACUCUCAUUCACACCCUUGAAAAGCAGAAAAAUUUCUCUGUGAAAGACAGGUGCUUGUUUGCGUCCUUCUUGACUAUUGCACUACAGACUAAGCUAGUUUACCUAACCCAUAUUUUGGAAGUGUUGACAAAGGACCUGAUGGAGCAGUCAAGCAAUGUACAGCCUAAGCUCCUGCUCAGACGAACCGAAUCUGUGGUAGAAAAAUUGCUGACAAACUGGAUGUCUGUCUGCCUUUCUGGAUUUCUCCGGGAGACAAUUGGUGAACCUUUCUAUUUGCUAGUAACAACCCUCAAUCAGAGGAUAAACAAAGGACCUGUUGAUGCGAUAACUUGCAAAGCCCUGUACACGCUUAACGAAGACUGGCUGCUGUGGCAAGUGUCUGAAUUCAAAACAGUGACAGUGAACAUCAUCUUUGAAAAAAUCCCAGAAAAUGAGAGUGGAGAUGCCUGUCAGACUAUCCAAGUUAAUGUUCUGGACUGUGACACCAUAGGCCAAGCCAAGGAGAAGAGCCUUCAGGCUUUCCUUAAUAAGAAUGGUUUUCUCUACGGUCUUCAGCUGGAUGAAAUUGGUCUUGAACUUGUAUCUGAGGAGCAGCAAAGAGAACUGUUAGAUAUUGAUGGCUCCUCAGAAGUGAUGGAGGAUGGGAUAAGGAAGCUAAAUACCAUCGGCCAUUAUGAGAUUUCAAAUGGAGCAACCAUAAAAGUCUUUAAAAAGAAGGCAAACACCCGAUCAGGUGUGGACUACUCAGAUGAACACUGUCAUUUGAUUUUACCAGACUCUGAAGCAAACAAAGAUGUGAAAGGAGCGGGUCAUAAAGGAAAGCAAAAAUUCAAAGUGAAAGAAAUGUAUCUGACAAAGCUUCUGUCAACCAAGGUUGCAAUUCAUUCAGUUGUUGAAAAGCUCUUCAGGAGCAUUUGGACUUUACCCAACAAUAAGGCACCUGUUGCCAUCAAGUACUUUUUUGACUUUCUGGAUGCCCAGGCUGAGAGCAAAAAAAUUACUGACCCUGACGUGGUCCAUAUCUGGAAAACCAACAGUCUUCCUCUUCGCUUCUGGGUGAACAUACUGAAGAAUCCCCAGUUUGUCUUUGAUAUUAAGAAGACUUCACAUAUAGAUGGCUGUUUGUCUGUGAUUGCACAAGCCUUCAUGGAUGCCUUUUCUCUAGCAGAACAGACACUGGGGAAGGAAGCACCAACAAACAAACUUCUCUACGCUAAGGACAUUCCACUCUACAAGAAGGAGGUGAAAGCGUACUAUAAAGCCAUCAGGGAUCUGCCUCCAUUGACCACUUUAGAGGUUGAAGAAUUUCUAACUCAGGAAUCUAAGAAACAUGAAAAUGAAUUUAAUGAGAAAGUGGCCUUGAUGGAAAUCUGCAAAUACAUAGUGAAAUAUUACGAUGAGAUUGUCAGCAAACUCGAGAGAGAACGGGGGUUUGAAGAAGUCCAGAAACAGCUCCAGCAAGUAAAAGCCUUAUUUGUUGAAAAGAAAAAAUGCAAAUGGAUUUGAGCAGAGCACUGACUCACAGCGUCAACUGUGGGGGAUUUUAAAUAAGCGCUACUGCUCCCAAAACUGUUUUGACUGACUCUAUGUACAGGGUUUGAAACAUUUGGACACUCUUCUCCACUCUGACCAUUCAAAGUAAUAUCCACGUUUGGAAAUGAAGUAUGGGCGGGGGUAGAUACUCAAACGUGGGCACGUGAAAGCGGAAGUCGGUCUAGCACUGGCAGCGCCAGCAGUUUUGGGUACUUCAACACAUGUACCUUUUGGUUCAAAAAUACUGCCUAAAUAAGCUUUCCGCUUACUGAAAACAAGCUUGCAGGAGAUGCGCAAAACACACUGCAAGCUCAGAGUUGCCCAUGUGACCUUGUAAGUUGCUUACCUCUUUUUUUUCUAAGAGAGAAAGCUGAUGUUUGGCCACAUCCUUUCAGCAGCCUUGGCAAACUGUGAGAUUGAGCUCCAGCUUCAGAAUACGGGUCAGCUGCAGUUUCCUUCCUUCCAGACAAAUGUACGCUGGUUCCUGUUUGAAAAAAGAAAAAAAAAAAAAAAAACAACCAACCAAACCAGCACCAAAGUGACACUUAGUACAAGUGUGUUCAGCAGAAAAAGCAGGUCUGUGGUUUGCAGUCCAAAUGCCACGUGGCAGGACUCCUUCUCCUUAGGUUAGAAAUUCCACAUGCAAAGCAAAGGCAACCGCUGAGCAGGGCGGGGAGGCUUUUGGAGAAAGGCGCUAGACCGGCAUCAGUCUGUGUUUACAUUUCUACCUUUCCAUCCUUAAAUAAGCUGUGAAACACUUGUGAGCAGCUUCACGUGUGAAACGUCCGUGCAGCGGCAUGGCGUCAGAACACUGUUGUCAUCUGAUGAAGCAGCUGACGAUGGCUGCAGUUUGGUGCACAAACCUGUACUCGGGUGCGUGAUCGGCCCACGGAUCAGUGCUGAGAGGCCGGGCCAGUCUUGCCGUCCAUGUACAAAGGCCUCACAAACCUAAAGCCAGCAUAUCUUUUUUUUUCAGGUCGUCCACAUAAAGGCUUUGUCAAAAGAGGGUUAGUUUAAUAACAGGUAAGAACAGGAGGGCUGGUGUAAUUUGUGAGUCUCUGUGAGAAACUGAUACAAACAUGACAGGGUUGCGGGGGUGGGGGUAACUGCCUUAGUCCUGCUGGGGGGCGUUUUUUGAGGCGCGUGCAUUUUCAAAGAGGGGGUCCAUGACAUUUGCAUUGGUGGCUAAAGUUAGCCCAGCUCUAAAGCAGGUGCGUGGCCAUGCUGCUGAGACGAGACUGGUGCAGUGGCUACCUUGCAGAGCCACAGAGGAGCAGCUGUGGCUCUGGCUCUGCUACCGCACCAGCAGAGCCAUCCCCUCCCCUGCGGCGCUGACAUCUUUUGUUGCCGUGGUCUCUGCUUCAGUCCCGUGGAAGUACUUAGGCUGCAGCCUGCCCUUAGCUUUGAGGUAAGCCGCUGAUGAGCCAGAGAUACAGUUCCACACAUUUCCGGAGGGUCCCACCACUGGAGGCGAGUGGCGUAGUGCAGUGGCCCACAGGAGCGGGAAGAGCUGUCCCCUGCCUUGGCAGUGGCGGGGGUGCCGCAGGCUCUGACGGCCCAAGUUCAGUAUUGAAAGCUUAUGCUGGGGCUGUGACCAGCCAGAGGUGCCUACGCAGGGCUCCCACGCAAAAUGUAUAUGAAAGAGUGUGUGGCUGCAUCCGUGUGCCCCGCUGCUUUGGCGGAGCCCAGAGGCUGCAGCACACCCGUACUAAAGGUGGCUGGUUUGGUUGUGGUGGCUACCAGAAGCUGGUACCAGGCGCAAGCCCACAGCAGGUGGGCUGCCAGCAGCGGCAACCGCUAAGCACGCUUUGGCAGAAGCAAGGCUGCCUGUUAAGGUGGGCAAAAGCAAACACAAAACCACGUUGCCUACUGGUCUGCCCCCUCCCUCCCGUGUGAUUGCACAAAUUGUACCUCUUGCAUAUCAUGAGGGCAGCCACCAACCCAUACUGUGAUGGUGUGGUUUUUUUUUAUUUUCUUUUUUUUUUUUAAUUCAACUCUUACACUUGCAAUUAAGUUUACACUUUCUAUUUGAUGGAAUGUAUGGUUUUGUUCAGGAACCUGCACUACAAUGUUGCAGUACUUUCAGCAGUUCUCGUCUCUGCCUGGCACAAUAUAUUGUGGUAAAUUUGAUUUUACCUGGGGGGGGGCGGACCCAACCCUACCUUGCCCUCUGUCCUAAAGGAGUGGACUGUGGCUUGAGUAGCACUUAAGCUUAGAAUACCUGUACUUAAGGGCUUGAUUUUUAAUCAUUCUUAACCUGAUCUUUUAAAGCAGCAUCAAAUAAAUAAUAAUAAUAAAAAAGCACAGUAAUUAAUAUUAAAGGAGGGACGUGAGCCGAUUACUUUUUCCAGUUAGACAGCUGUCUCAGCAGUUCUGUUCCACUUCAGGUGUUUGCUGGCAGUGCAUUUGAAUGAACUGCAAUUGUUUGUCCAACAGUAACCUUCUGUACAGGCAGAAACAAACCCCCCCCCAACAUUUCUGCUUGAAAAGCUGUAAAAUAUAAUUUGUUUGCGUGGGUCUGAUCCUGUGAACUUCACUAUAUGUGUUUAUAUGAUGAGGAAAAGAAAAAUCAGUCCUAUUCUGUAUUUGUACUACUGCUUGUUUGCUACAAUAGCUUUAAUGAGUUCUAGAGAUUAAGUAUGUGUUGAAUCAGGCCCUGUAGCUUUAGCCUACAGCCUGGAAUAGGAUUAUUGCCUUUUAUUCAAGCCUCCUAAACAGCGUCACUCUGUUAGUAAACCAUUUAAAGUCAUGCUGGGACUUUGUAACCCAUCAAGUGGAUCUCACGAAGUGAUGUGAAGUAUAAUUAAGUGAUUGUGGCUCUUUUGGUAGGUUUGGGUCAGCACACAAAACAUUGGCACACCUUCCGCAAGUCGCUGUUACUGUUACAGGGACAAAAAGAAUCACCUCUGACUAAAGCUGUAUUACGGCAACCCAAAAAUUCUAGUUGCAUUCUCCGAAGUGAAAGCAAACUUCUCUUUAACUUAUUUUUCACAUGUUUACAGACAAACCGCUAUGGCAAACAGCAUAUUUUCUAACACUAGCUUAGAGAGCAUUAUUUUGCAGUCAUCUAGUUCAAAGUCAACUCUUACUAAUGUGCAAAGUAAUUCCUGUUGUACAGAAGUUAACCUGUUGUUUAAAAUGAAAAAAAAGGUUUAAAAAAAAGUGCAAAUGGCAAAUACGUGUUGGUGUUCGUAUGGGUUUAUCUAGAAUAAAAUGCAUUUGGAGGUUA